AUGGCCGCCCCCCCGGCCCGGACUGUCCUUGUCACCGGCUGCUCCUCGGGCAUCGGGCUGGCCCUGGCCGUGCGGCUCGCCAGGGACCCCCAAAAACGAUACCUGGUCCUGGCCACCAUGCGGGACCUGUCGCGCCGGGGGCCGCUGGAGGAGGCGGCCGGGGCCACCCUUGGGGACACCCUGAGGAUUCUGCGCCUCGAUGUCACCAGCGACAGCUCCGUGGCCGAGUUGAACAACGCCGGGGUGGGGAUGGUGGGACCCCUGGAAAGCGCCUCGGGGCCGCAGGUGCAGCGCGUGUUCGACACCAACGUCUUCGGGGUGCUGCGCCUGGCCCAGGCCCUGCUCCCCCAAAUGAAGCGGCGCCGCAGCGGCCACAUCGUGGUGGUCAGCAGCGUCAUGGGGCUGCAGGGGGUCGUUUUCAACGACAUCUACUCGGCCUCCAAGUUCGCCGUGGAGGGGCUGUGUGAGAGCCUGGCGGUGCAGCUGCUGCAGUUCAACGUCUUCGUGUCUCUGGUGGAGCCGGGCCCGGUGAACACCGAGUUCGAGCGCAAGGUCCUGCAGGAGGUGGAAAAAUCGGAAUUCCCGGGAACCGAUCCCGAGACUCUGCGCUAUUUCCGCGAGGUUUACCUGCCCGCCAGCCGCCAGGUGUUCGACACCUUCGGCCAGAGCCCCGAGGAGGUGGCGCAGGCCAUCGCUGCUGUGAUCGGCGCCCCCCGCCCCCCAUUCCGGACCCCCACCAACCCCCUGUACUCCCCUCUGCUCGCUCUGCGCUUCGCCGACCCCCGCGGGGAUUUGGGGGUCAGAACCUUCCAGCGCCUCCUCUUCGACCUCGGGCCCGCGUUCCACCUGAGCCUGGCGGCGCUGAGGUGCCUCACCUGCCGCUGCUGCCGCCGCCGCGUCACCCCCGUCUGA